AUGAAUUUUUCUGAUUAUAUCAAGGACAAGGGAAUAUCCAAGGCUGUAUUGCAUGCCAUUUUGGAUCCGGUAGUUGGGGAUUAUAGGGAUCUAGUUAAAAUAUACAAAAUCGAACAAGAUGAUGAGGAGAAGGACGACAACGACGACGUUUCCUCUUCACUUACAGGUAUUGCAGAUCUCUUGGAACAGUAUUUGAAAUUUAAUUCUAAUUAUUUAGACGAUACCAUAGUACUUCCUUCAUCACGUGACUUUCUGGCUAAUACAGCCUCAUUCCAGACAUCUUCACCGCCUUUACUCCCGAUGUCAUCCAGUUCACUCCCAGAUGAUGCACACAAGACAGACAAAGAGUUCCCUGACGGACGCCCGGAUCUCGCUCCACCUCCGAUUGAUUCGUAUCUCGAUUAA